GAUUUAUUACUAGUUAUGGAUUAUACAUGAAUGGCAUUCUGGUGCAGAAUUCCUCAAAACUGAACUAUUAUAUUUCUGGCCUUUCUCCUUGGAGUCUCCAUGCCUUCAGAGUUCAAGCAUGCACAGUAAACGGCUGUGCUUUGGGGCCGCUGGUAAAAGCUCAUACAACUGAAGAUGUACCUAAAGGAAACAUUGAAUUGUUUGUUAUUAAUGAUAGAGCCAAAGAAGUUAAAGUGAAAUGGUUUCCUCUGAAUGAACCCAAUGGGCAAAUAAUGUAUGCUGUUCUUUUCACUGGAAUCUUCUAUGCUGACAAAGCUAAUAGCAAUUACAGUAUUUUAAAUUGCACACAAAUUUUACAUAUUGGCAAAGAAGCAAAUGUCUGGGUGUCCAUUGGAGGACUAAUUCCAUUUUCAAACUACACAGUGGAAGUGAAUGCUUCUAAUAGCCAAGGUUAUGUGAUCAGUGAUCCUGUAGAAAUUGUCCUGCCUGCUGGUGCUCCAGAUGGCAUGUUGCCUCCUAGGCUUUCAUCUGCUACUCCAACCAGUCUUCAGGUUCUCUGGUCUACACCAGUUCGUAACAAUGCUCCAGGCUUACCCAGAUAUCGACUCCAAAUAAGACUUAAGAACUACUCAGAAAAUAAUACAGAGUUAUUUUCUAAACCAACAAUUUAUUUACAUCACAUACUCAAGGAUCUGCAGCCGUAUACAUCUUAUGAGUUGAGGGUUAUUGCCUGCAAUGAAUAUGGUGAUACAUUCAGCAACUGGACUCUGAUAGAUACAGAAGAAGAUAAACCAGGACCUAUUGACCCACCACUAAUCCUGGAAGUGAAAUCCAGAGAAACAACCAUUUCCUGGCAGCCUCCUUCAAGGCCAAAUGGCAUUGUCACCCACUACAACAUCUAUCAAAACAACCAACUGCACGAUACUAUUCCAGGAGCUAGAUCAAAACAUAUUGCAUCUUUCUUGGAACCAUAUACAGUUUACAAAUUUCAAGUAGAAGGGUGCACUUCCAAAGGGUGCUCUCUUUCCUCUGAGAGCCUGCCUAUACAAACCCUUCCAGAUGCACCUGAAGACAUCCCUGCUCCAGAAUUAUACUCAGACACACCAACAUCUGUUCUUGUGUCAUGGCAACCUCCUCUUCAUCCAAAUGGGCUGGUUGAAAACUUCACAAUAGAGAGGAGAGUGAAAGGAACAGAGCAAGUUUCCACAGUAGCCUCUUUUCCUUCCAAUUGUUCCAAGAGUUAUCUAGAUCAAAGUGCUGGUCUCAGCCCUUGGAAAAAAUAUGAAUACAGAAUAUUGGCAAGCACUUUUCAAGGUGGCAUUAAUAGCAGUUCUUGGGUAGAAGUCAUCACCAGGCCCUCAAGACCUGAAAACAUCCAGGCUCCUAAGGUGCAAGCAUUAGAUCCGUAUACUGCCCAGGUUUCCUGGGAAUCUCCUUCCAUUUUAAAUGGAGAAAUAUUGAGCUAUGAGAUUUACAUAUAUGACCUCCUGAGACGUAAAAUCCAGCAGCCACUUGCAUCAAAUCCCCCUGAAGAUUUAAAUCUCUGGGACAAUAUUUACUCAGGAACUCAGUGGUUUUAUGAAGAUAAGGGUCUUAGCAGGAAUACAACAUAUGCCUAUAAGUUGAUAGUACAUAAUGAAGUAGGCUAUACAUCAAGUGAAAAAGUGAUUGUUACAACAUUAGCAGGAUUUUCAGAAAAAGGCACUAAUCUUGCUGCAAAGCCUCUUAACCAUACAGCUAUAGAAGUGAAAUGGACCACUCCAACCUUACAAGAUGUACAAGAAAGUAUUGAAUAUUAUUUCCUUUCCUGGAAUGACACUGUCCACAUAAACUCCAAAAAGAUCCCCGCAACUGAAAAUAGUGCUGUUAUUUGUGAACUAUAUCCAAAUACACAGUAUCAGAUUUUGCUUCAAGUUUUCAGUGGACUUCACAGCAUCACAAGUGAACCUGUGCAAGUGACUACACCAGAUGUAGAACGAGAGGGCCUGUUCCCUCCAGAGAUCAUCGUCAUCAAUAGUACAGCUGUACAUGUCAUUUGGGCAUUGCCUUCAAACUCAAAUGGUGUUGUCAGGGAAUAUUCUAUUUAUGUGAAUAAUAACCGAUAUGAGACCACAAUAAAGGUGCCUGGAUCUUUCAUUUUGGGAGAUUUGUCUCCAUUCACUCUUUAUGACAUACAGGUUGAAUCCUGUAGACGGAAUGCUUGUGUGAGAAGUAAUGGAACCCAAAUUAGAACUGCAGAAGGUGUGCCUAAAGACUUAUCACCACCAUUGAUCUCUGUCCUUGGUUCAAGAUCACUUCAGAUUAACUGGACAUCACCAGGACAACCAAAUGGCAUUAUUUUAGGAUAUGAACUAUUGCGUAAAGCUCAGCAUCACUGCACUGAGGCAAAGCAACUGUCAAAACAUCAACGUGAAGGAAUUUGCCUACUCCUGGAAUGCAACAUUCAUGAAAACAUAUGUGGAAGACAAUGCUGUAAUCCCCAGUUUAAGAUAUGUCGCAAUGGGAAUCAGUACAAUACUUCAAAUUUCCAAUGCUGUGAGGACAAGCAUCUUUCAUUUCUUCUGAAUGCAUCAAGUGCUUGUUGUGGAGGUCAGAGGUGCAGAGCGGAACCAGAGUAUCAAUGUUGUGGUAACUAUUCUACACGGAUAUUCAUAGGAAUGUUCUGUUGCAGACAUGAAUAUUUGAAUAUGUCAAGUAUCGUAUGCUGCUCAGCUUUCAAUGGUGAAGCUAAAGCCCACAUUAAAAAGAAUAGCUCAGUGCCAUUAAAAUGCCGUGUGACUGAACUUAUUCCAGAGAGCGAAGAAUGUUGUAAUGGACUUGGAUAUAAUCCCUUGAAAUAUGUUUGCACUGACAGGAUUUCAUCUGGAAUGAUGAUGAAGAUAAAAGAAGAAUCGAAAUGCAUCCCACUGUGUUCUAUAUCUACUGAAGCAGUGACAUACUGUGGACGGUGUAACUUUGACGAGCAUACUUGUUUAUGUGCUUGGAUAAAGAGUUCCCGUAGUUAUACAAAAAAUAAAGAAAAUAAAAGCAUAUGCCCAUUUUUGGGGGAGAAGAUUUAUACAGGAGGCCCAACUCAAUAUUCAUUCAAAGAUAAGAAUCUAGAACCUCAUGUUACGUAUGAAUAUAGGCUAGCUGCGUGGAACAAACAUGGGAAAGAUUUUAGUGAAAUGAAUAGUGCAACCACUAAACAAGAUGUCCCUGAAUGUGUAAGUCCACCUCAUUGGACAAAAGUGGAUAAUCGUGAAGACAUAAUAUUUCUAACAUGGAAGGAACCUUGUCAACCAAAUGGUAUCAUCAUUUACUAUAUUAUUCUCCGAAAUGGAGUUGAACAUUUCAGAGGAAAGGAACUGAGCUUCAUGGACACCAGUGAUAUUCAACCAUACCAGGAAUACUCAUAUCUAUUACGUGCUUGCACUGUGGCUGGAUGUUCAGACAGUAGCAUGGUAAUUGCAGUCAUUGUCCAAGGGAUUCCAGAGAAUGUUCUGCCACCAACAAUUAUACCUCUAAGUGCAACAGCCUUGCAUUUGAGUUGGGUGGCACCAAAGAAGCCAAAUGGUUUAAUCAGAGAAUACCGCAUCCAUCAAAUUGGAAAGGGACUUAUAUGUACUGGCCCUGCAGACCAGAUGAAGCACACAGUCACAGAUCUUCAGCCUUAUGAAAACUACAAUUUCACACUCACAGCAUGUACAUUUGCUGGAUGCACUACCAGUCAGACAACUGCAGGAAGAACAUUGCAAGCUGCUCCUCAAGGGGUGUGGUCACAGCCUCGUCAUAUUACAGUAAGCUCUAAAAUAUUGGAAUUGUAUUGGGAUGAGCCAGAAAAAACCAAUGGAAUUGUCAUUCAAUACAGAUUAUUUUGUAAUGGAGAAGAGAUUUUCAAAGGUGGUAGAGAAAAUCUGAAUUUCACUCAUUCUGCCAUGCAACCAAAUAAAAGAUAUGUUUACCAGUUAGAAGCCAGUACAUGGGUUGGUAGCAAUAUCAGUGAAAAAUAUGUUGUCCAGACACCAAUAACAACACCGGAAGAGAUUCACAUACCAUAUAAUAUCACAGUAAUUAAUGCAUAUUCCAUAUUCGUAGCAUGGGACAUUCCUGGGUCAUUUAAGAGCAAUGUACCUUUGGAAUACAAUAUAUUACUAGAUGCUGGCAGUACCUCCCCUCUUGUAAAACCAGUUGGACAGCCCAAAUUCCUUCUUUUGGAGGGACUUGAUCCAUGCACCCAAUAUGAGAUAAGGAUACAAGCCUGCCAGAAUGAUGGCUGCGGAGUUGGUGAACGAGUAUAUGCAACCACUGCUGAAGCCUUUCCUGAAGAUUUGAGUCCUCCUAUCAUUUCAGCCAUUGGACCAACAUAUAUAGCUGUGAAAUGGUCACCUCCUAAAAAACCCAAUGGGAUAAUUACAAACUACUUUAUUUACAGACGUCCCAUGGAGACUCAAGAGGAAAUGCUUGUGUUUACCUGGUCUGAAGGCACUUUAGAAUUUAUUGAUGCUACAGAUGUUCUUCAGCCAUUCACAGAGUAUGAAUACUGUGUCAAGGCUCAGAAUUCCAAAGGUUCUGUGAAUAGUUCAUGGUCUUCAACACAGACCCUAGAAGCUCGACCAUCAGGCAUGAAAUCUCCCUCAGCACAAGCCAUCAGCGCUCAUUCUGUGUUCCUAAAUUGGACCAGCCCUGCUUCUCCUAAUGGUGCUAUUUUUCAGUAUCAUGUUGUCUAUCAAGAGAGACAGAAUGACCCAACAAUUAACACGCAGGACGCACUAACAGUUCCUGGAGAGAUGUAUCAAACUUACUUGUUUGGUUUGAAGCCGUAUACAACCUACGACAUUCACAUUGUUGCUGUCAAUAAUGCUGGGCAAGUUGCUAGUCCAUGGACUUCAGUGCGCACCCUGGAAGCUUCCCCAAGUGGCCUAAGGAACUUUACAGUGGACAAGAAAGAGAAUGGCAGGGCAUUAUUACUCAGAUGGGCAGAGCCUUCCAAGCCCAAUGGUAACAUUAAGAUUUACAAUAUUUUCAAUGAUGGUAAUCUAGAAUAUAGUGGUUUGUCUCGUCAGUUCCUCUUCAGACGUCUUGAUCCCUUCACUGAAUACACUCUCGUUCUUGAAGCUUGUACAGCAGCUGGUUGCACUCGCUCUUCACCGCAGCAAAUUUGGACAGAUGCAGCCCCUCCUGCUUCUCAAAUGGCUCCUGUAAUCCAUUUGGUGAAUGCAACCAGCAUUGAACUGAGCUGGUCUGAGCCAAUUAAUUCAAAUGGAAAAAUAAUGCGCUAUGAAGUUAUUCACAGACACACCAAAGAAAAUGCUUCAGGGGAAAAUAGAACGACAGAAGAAGAGAACAUUGUUUUCACAGAAUAUAACACUGGGAGUAACGCAUUUGUAUAUCAUGCUCAGCAUUUGCAGCCGUGGACUACAUACGAAUAUAAAAUACGUGCCUGGAAUUCAGCAGGCUACACUGAUAGUCCUUGGUCUGCUGCAAAAACCAGCCAAGCUGCCCCAGAAGGCAUGGCUGCUCCUAUGUUCACUUAUAUCCCUCAAAAUCCCAGCAAAAUAUGGAUUUCAUGGUCACUCCCAGAAAAAAGCAAUGGUGUUCUACUGUCAUAUAAGCUCCAAAGAAAUGAUGUUCCCUAUCCUUUUAGCUUUGAUGCUUCAACCUUCAAUUAUACUGAUCAAGGCCUGCUUCCAUAUACAGAAUACAAUUAUUUAAUAACUGCUUGUACCCUGGGAGGGUGCUGCUCUAGUGACCGUUCCAGAAUACGGACAUUAGAGGCAGCUCCAGCAAUAGUCAGCCCUCCUACUCUAGAAGGUAUACAUUCAACCCAGAUUAAUAUAUCUUGGGCACCACCCCAAAUUCAAAAUGGUGAAAUCAUAAAGUACAUUUUAAAGCUGAAUGAUGAAGAACAAUAUGUUGGAAAGAGUUUAUUCAAGACAGUAUUGAAUCUACAACCUUAUACUAAAUAUGACAUCACAUUGGUUGCCUGUACCAACGGAGGCUGCACUGUUAGUGCAUCCCAAUCUGCUUGGACAAUAGAAGCUCCUCCUCUUAACUUAGAUCCUCCCAUGUUACUAGUGACAGAUUCAGAAUCUCUAGAAAUUACAUGGAAAGCUCCCAAUAAUCCAAAUGGUAAAAUCCAGAUUUAUGAGCUAAGGAGGAAUGGAUUGCUGGUUUAUUCAGGUCUAGAUAGACACUAUAAGGACUUUAUGUUAACUCCUGGAGUGGAAUACAUCUAUACUGUUACUGCAACCAACAGCCAAGGGAGUGUCACCAGUCAGAUAGCCAAGAUAAGAACCGAUCCUUCUGCCCCAUCUGGAAUGUCUCCACCUCUGUUGCAUCCAUGGUCCUUGCAGACAAUUUUGGUUACUUGGGAUCCUCCAGCAAAGAUUAAUGGUAACAUAAUCAAUUAUACUAUCAUUCUUCGGGAGCCUAUUAAAUCACAAAAGAAAGUGAUUUAUCUGGAUUCAUUCCAUGAUUCUUUUGGAAGACAGUCUUACAAUUUAACAGAACUAAAACCCUAUCACAGGUAUGAAGUACAAGUACAAGCUUGCAGUCUUCUGGGCUGUACUCACAGUGAAUGGGCAUCCAUACAAACUCUUGAAGCACCCCCUGAAAUACAGCCAGCUCCUUUCAUAGAUGUCCAGUCAAGUCCUGAUGGAUUCCAGACUGUUCUUUCCAUUGUGUGGACUGGCCCAAAGCACCCAAAUGGAGACAUCUUACAUUAUGAACUUUAUCGAAGACAGCCAUUACCCAAUCAACACAAUGUCAGCCUUGUUUAUAAUGGUUCAUCCACUUCAUUCAAAGACGACACGCUCCUGCCUUUCACUGAAUAUGAAUAUCAGGUUUGGUCAGUUAAUUCUGCUGGCCGAACUGCCAGCAGUUGGAUAAAAUGUAAGACUGGCCCAGCCCCUCCUCAAGGGCUUCCUGCCCCUUUGUUUGAGACAGUAGCUUCUACUUCUGCUGUGGUCAAUAGCCGUCCUCCUCUAAAGCCAAAUGGAAUAAUCACCCUCUACAGGUUCUUCUCCAAUGGCACCAAAGGAAAGGAGAAGGUGCUCUCAGAAGGCACUACUGCUCAGCAGACAAUCCAUGGACUUAAACCUUUUACCACUUAUUCUAUUGGGGUUGAAGCUUGCACAUGCUUCAACUGCUGCAGCCAGGGGCCAAUGGCUCAAGUCACCACCCAGCCAGCUGCACCCACCCAGCAGCCUUCUCCCCAUAUACAGAACCUGACGUCAAGAAAUGCUUCUUUUCUCUGGGAUGCUCCUCAGGAACCCAAUGGCAUUGUGAGAAGAUAUGAACUCCACAUGUACACAUCCUGUCUUCCUUGGUUACUGCCCAUAGAAAGAGUUUGUAAGCCUGGACCUAUUGAAGUGAGAUAUAGUGGGAAAAACCGGCAUUCUAGUGUGAGUGACCUUCAGCCUUACACAACCUACAAACUGAAAGUGGUGUCCUACAAUUCAGUUGGAAGCACUACUUCAGAAUGGAUUACUUUUACUACUGAAAAAGAGGUUCCUCAGUACAAAUCUCCAUUUAUCAUAAUCGGAAAUUUAUCCACCAUCUUCCUGGAUUGGAGUCAUACCUUCCUAUUGAAUGGGCUUUUGAAGGAAUAUGUGCUAAUGGAAGGAGGGCAACACAUCUACAGUGGCUUUGAUACCAGACUGUAUUUGCCAAGGACAUCUGACAAAAUUUAUUUAUUUCAGGUGACUUGCAUCACUGAUGAAGGGAGUGUUGAAACGCCUGUAAUCAAAUACAAUGCUGCUAUUGGAUUUGGUCCUGUCUUGACAACUCCAGGAGAAAAUAACAAAGGCAACACAAAGCAAGCAAUGUUCUACACAGAGUUGUGGUUUGUGAUACUAAUGGCGAUCCUUGCCUUGAUCCUUCUAGCAAUUUUCCUGUCUCUAAUUCUACAGAGGAAAAUAAACAAGCAGCUGUAUUCACGGGAAAGGCCUCCUUUAGUCUCAGUUCAAAAGAGAAUGUCACCGAUGAAUGUCUAUUCACAAGGAGAAACUCACAUGGGACUGGCAGAUACAAAAAUUCCAGGACCAGCAUCCCCUUCAAGUAUACACAGCAGCAGAAGCAUUUCUGUCCUUCAGGGGCCAAGCCAAAGCCAGAUAGAGGAUAGGUUUUCCCAAGAUUCCCUGCAUCGAAGUGUCAGUCAGCUCAUUGAAGCAUCUGAGAAAAAGUCCUCGGUGGAAGAUAUUGUUUGGGAUGCCAUUAUUCAUGGCCAUGACAGUAGUUUGCGUGCGGAUGAUGAAGAUCUUGUGAGCACUAUCAAAAGCUUCAGUACUGUUACCAAAGCACAUACAACAUUUACUGAUACACACUUGUAAGUUAUUUAG